AACCACAAGCUUUUAAACAAGACUGUCUGUUAGCAGAAGAUUAUAUAGCCAUGUUUGUAUCAGAAACGGGGCUUUUCCCAGAGACUAUGAAGACUCCACGAGAAGCAGCCUUGCAUUACAAGCACUCAUUUCAAUGUGUGAAGCAUCGCUUCAAGUUUGAUAUCAAUACAGAAAGGUGAUGAUUAUACUUGCGACAAAAGACAAGAAAUAUGGCUGAAGUUAUUUUUGACAUCCAUCGCUGCUAUAUAUAAAAAAAACUACACCUGCGAUAGCUUCCUUUCUUAAAGAGAAAGCUUGGCGCAUAUAUAUAUAUAUAUAUAUCUAUAUAUAUAUAUAAAGCGCCCGCUAGUCUCGUAGCAAAAAAACUGAUUGAUCAAAACGUAAAUUCAACUAAAACGAGACAUUUCAAGGUUUUGCGGUGCCUGUCAUGCUUUAAAAAUCCGGGUUCCAUUCGGCGCUCACACUGGCUGUCUCCUUGAAUUUCACUGAAUGCAGGUAUUACAUGCGAACGGCCUUUGCGAGGAAGGUGACAUUGUGUUUGGAGCUCAUGGAAGCUCGGUGCAAUGGACCAAACAAGGUUACUCUCUGACACCUUGGUUAAAAUAGGAACGCCGCAACACAAAAAAAAAAAGAAAGAAAGAACGCGAGCAUCGAAGGUAGUGACGUCCUGUCACGUGCUGGGACGCCGACAGCGCAACAUAGAGGCACUCGGGAGCGUUGUGUGGUCCGUGCACGUAUCUCAACCUAAGUGUCUGUGAAAAGCGCCAAGUAUGUAUACAUACGAGUAUAUGGAGACGCAUUAGCAAGGUACCAAAUCGGUAGCAGUAUGACGGAAGGUAAGCAACAAAAGAAAGACAAAAAAAAAAAGGGAGGAAGCGACUUGCCAGCAGCGCCUGCUGAUCUCGAUUAAUGUCGCGGGCGCCCGCUUGCCAAGUGAUAAUUGGGUUUCGCCCGCUGACUUCGCGAGGAAGUAAACCGACCAAGGCGCCUGCUCUCUGCCUGCAUAUAAAAGCGUCGCGCGCGGGUGCUCCAACGCAGAGUCCAGCUAUACUCUGCUCCGCAGGGCUGCAAUGGACAACGGACGUGCCCUUAGAGGCUGGCUGCGUCUAGACGUUCCCAUGAAGCUUUGCUGCUGCCUAGCCCUUCUAGGAAUGACACAGGGACAGUUCUUUUCGAAGACAACCAACACUAUACCUCGUAUGGGCAGAAGGGCUUUUGACUACCCUCCGUUGGAAGAACAGAGGUUGAGCCGCGUUCUCGGCCUCCUGAGGGCAGACCCGUCGCAUCAGUCGGUGGCAAUGGCCGACCUGGGAUAUCUACUGGGAGCGGAUGGCGUGCAGUACAGAGCCUGGCAAAGACCGAUCAAUGGUUGCCAUGGAAGCCAGUGCCGAGUUCAGGGAGCUGCGCUGCUACGGACCUUGCAAGACGUCGACAAUGUGUAAUGAUGACCUCUGAAGAAGCGGUUCCUCUUCAUCGUGGCGAAGAAGCGAUUAUUGUUUAAAAUUAAUAAAACACACAGACGCCUCUGUUGGAGGUAGUGAAAACUUCA